UGGUUUAUUAAAUUUUUGCAGUAGCAAGUGGAAGUUGUUGUGUGUUACUGUGGCAUUGUGUGCAACAGAUAGAUAAUAAUUGCAGUUGUGUUCGAUAUAAUUAAAACGUGGUGGAUAAAUUAAAUUAACGAUACAAUUAUCAAAUAGUGCUUCAAAGAACAUAAGAUCUCACAAAGAUGUGUCCCAUAUCAGGAAUGGUCCAAUUUUUAAUAGUAAUAGUAACAUUACUUCUUGUUUGUCAUGCUGUUGUCGUUAACAUGCUCAAAAUAUCUUUUACACCAAGUAACGUCACUCUAUCCAUGUCAGACAGUCAUCUGAUAUCUUAUGAAAUUACAGACCUUGGAAAUAUACCAGGUGACACCGAAUUGUUAAUAUAUAGCGAAGACAAAAAUAUAGCGUUUCUAGAGAAGGAAAUAGUAAUAUCGAACCCCCUUCUGAAUUUUGCUGGAACUUUUAACAUAACAGGGAAUUUUUUAGGAAAAACCAUAAUAUCAUGUAAGGAUAGAAAAACUGGGAAGAUAGCAGAAGAUUCAAUUGAUGUGGUUGUCGUUCGAAAAAAAAGGUUCAUCGACACUCUUUUCACAGCAUCUGUAGCGACUCUUGUUAGUAUACUUUACAUCAAUUUUGGUUGUGCCAUUGAUUGGAGUGGAGAAUUCCGUAACAUCCUUAGGAGACCAAUAGGACCUGCAAUUGGUUUUUGUGGGCAAUUCAUUGCAAUGCCAUUGCUUAGUUAUGCCCUUGGAAGAUUGAUAUUUCCUAACAACCCCGAAAUGCAGCUCGGCAUGUUCUUUACAGGGGUGUCUCCAGCAGGUGGUGCCUCAAAUGUAUGGGCAGUCCUUCUAGAAGGCAAUUUAAGCCUAUCGAUAGUAAUGACGACCAUAAGCACCAUUGCGGCUUUUGGAAUGAUGCCGUUCUGGCUUUUCACUCUCGGACAAUUGAUUUUUAAGAGCAGUGACCUUGAGGUACCUUAUAGACACAUCAUGACUUACGUAUUUGCUUUGGUGAUACCACUAGGUAUAGGAUACCUAUUGCAGAGGUAUUUGAAGAGAGUAGCCCAGUUUAUGACUCGGAUUAUAAAAGGAUUCUCUUCGUGUUUAAUUUUGUUUAUAAUUAUUUUCGCUAUCGUUACCAAUUUAUACCUCUUUCAACUUUUUUCUUGGGAGAUUGUUACAGCUGGUUUGGCACUACCAUGGCUUGGAUAUGUUGCUGGUUAUUUGUUGGCGAAGUUAUUUAAACAACCGCCACCAGAUUGUUUGACGAUAGCUAUAGAAGUAGGGAUACAGAAUACUGGCAUAGCAAUAUUUUUGCUCAGGUUUGCUUUACCACAGCCCCAAGCCGAUCUCACAACUGUGGUUCCAGUGGCAGUGGCCAUAAUGACGCCUUUCCCGCUCUUGGCUAUUUUUAUAUACAAAAAAAUUCGAGCGAGGUUGUCAACAUCCUCUGCCAAACUGAAUGGAGACAGUGGAAGUUUUCCAAAAAUUGACGGGAAUUGUAAUGGAGUCACUGAUGGCUCCGAUGAGAAGUUGACUUCAGCCACAAGGCAGAUAUUUAGUCGUGAUUAUGAUUAUUAAAUAAUUUUGUCAUUUUCUGUUGAUGAAAUAGAUUUUUUAGUAUUCAG